UGCCCGCGCACGACAACGCGGCCGCGUCGCCACGGUGGGUCCGCGGGGCCAGGGGGGAACCUCCAGCACCCCGCAAUCCCCAUCCCCACCCUCACCGGGGUCUCCUCGGGCCCUCUCCGGCGCGGGGGGUGCCCCGCGGGUGGGUGUCCUGGCCGCGCGUGGGGUGCCGGACCCGGCCCCACGCCGGUGCCCCCCUUCGCCCCCUCCCCGACCCCCCUUUGCUCCGCAGGCGCUCGGGGCUGAGCGCCCCGGCCGCGGCUCUCAGCGCUUCACCGGCCCCUUUAACACCGCCCUCAUCAUUCCUUUUAUUAAUCGCGCUGUCCUUCUGGAUCGUGUUUGUUUUACCCCGCGUUGCGCCCUGCCCGGGGAGCGCGGGAUGGGGACCCGCCCGUCGCUCCCACCCUCCGUGCGCGGGGACCGGCCGUAGGUGCCCCCGGCCAUGGGGCAGGGAGCCGUGGGGCCGGCCGGGCCGCUCAGCGUGGCCGGGCUGCUCAGCCUGGCCGGGGUGCUGGCGGGGGACAGCGGGGUGCAGCCCGCCGGGACCCCCAUGCCGCUGGACUUGAGCGGGACGGUGCACCCCGGGGGAGAUGCUCGGAGCCACGGCCGGGACGUGGAUUGCUGGGAGGUUCGCAAACACAACAGCUCUGAGUGGUGCCGCUUGGUGCGGAGCAACCCCGACUGCCGGCUGGAGAGUGGCUUCCUCGACUACCUCGGGGGGGUCUUCUGCGUCUUCCCCCCCCGGCUGCUGCCCCUGGCCGUCACCCUCUAUGCUCUCUGGCUCCUGUACCUGUUCAUCUUCCUCGGCGUGACGGCAGAGAAGUUCUUCUGCCCCAACUUGUCGGCCAUCUCCACCAACCUGAAGCUGUCUCACAAUGUGGCAGGUGUCACCUUCCUGGCCUUUGGCAAUGGGGCACCUGACGUCUUCAGCGCCGUGGUGGCCUUCUCUGACCCCCGGACGGCUGGGCUGGCCAUCGGGGCUGUCUUUGGCGCCGGGGUGUUUGUGACCACGGUGGUGGCCGGGGGCAUCGCCCUGGUCAAGCCCUUCACAGCUGCCUCCAGGCCCUUCCUCAGGGAUGCCAUCUUCUACAUGGUGGCUGUCUUCCUCACCUUCAUGGUUCUCUACUUCGGCAGGAUCACGCUGGGGGAGGCUCUGGGGUACCUGGGGCUCUACAUCUUCUAUGUGUUCACCGUGGUGCUGUGCACGUGGAUUCACCGGCGGCAGCGGGGGGAAGGGUUGGCCCCCCCUGGGCCCUGGGAGCCAGAGCUGCCGACGGAUGCUGAAGAGCAGGAGGCCUCGGGCACAAACAGUGAGGACUAUGGUGAGGAGUACCAGCCCCUGCUGCCCUCCCAGGAGCCCUCCCUGCACAUCCUGGCCAGAGCCCUCAGCCCCUUGGACGGCCGCAAGUGGAGGAGGAAGCCCUGGUACUGGAGGCUCUUCAAGGUCUUCAAGGUGCCCGUGGAGAUGGUGCUGCUGCUCACUGUUCCUGUUGUGGACCCUGACAAGGAGGACCUGAACUGGAAGAGACCCCUCAACUGCCUGCACCUCCUCACCAGCCCCCUGCUCUGCAUCCUCACCCUCAAGUCAGGCACCUAUGGGCUGUACCAGAUCCAGGGGGUUUUCCCAGUCUGGGGACUGGUCACACUGGUUGGCUCUGUCCUGGCCAUCAUCAUCUUCAUCACCACGAGCAAUGAGGAGCCACCCAAGUACCACUGUCAGGUAUUUGCCUUCCUGGGGUUUUUGGCCAGUGCCAUGUGGAUCAACGCCGCAGCCACAGAGCUGGUGAACAUCCUCCAGACCCUGGGCAUCAUCUUCCAGCUGAGCAACACCGUGCUGGGCUUGACACUGCUGGCCUGGGGCAACAGCAUCGGGGACACCUUCUCUGACCUCACCAUGGCUCGGCAGGGCUACCCCCGCAUGGCCUUCUCUGCCUGCUUCGGGGGCAUCAUCUUCAACAUCCUGGUUGGUGUGGGACUGGGCUGCCUGCUGCAGAUGACCAGCAGCCAGCCUGUGGUGAAGCUGGAGCCCGACAGCCUGCUGGUGUGGAUCCUGGCCGGGGCCCUGGGGCUGAGCUUGGUCUUCUCCUUCGUGACUGUGCCAGCUCAGUGCUUCCAGCUGGGCAAAGCCUACGGCCUCUGCCUCAUCCUCUACUACCUGGCCUUCCUCUGCGUGGCCCUGCUGACCGAGUUCAGGGUGAUCCACCUCUCCACCCUCUGACCAGAGCUCCUGGCCCAGCCCCUGCCCUCCCUCUGCCUCCCCGCUGAGCCCCCUCCUCAGGGGGAACCUCAGCCCCAGCACAUGCUGGAGGCAGCCAGGGCCAGCCCUCACAGGUGCUUUGGGAGAGGAAAAGGAGCUGUUGGCUACGUCCUCUCCCUGCUCUGUUUGGCUCAAGGUGGCUCUGAGCAGGAGUGAGGCAAGCCCUCAGCUUCCUCCAGCCUCAGAGGCAGAGGACAGGGCAGCUCCAGCCCCAGGUCACCACAGGACAGGUUUUGCCUCUACAGGGGGUGGCUCUUGGUGGGGGGGGGGAUGAUGCUGAUUUGGGAAGGAUGUGACUUGGUCACAGUGUGGCAAAGCUCAGGGGUGAAGGUGAGCCAGGGCUCCAGGUUUUAAUGCAAGCAAAGCUGGAGGAGGGAAGAAACCAACCCCAACAAAGCGAGGGAGGCUGCUGUCCCCUGCUUUUUUAAGCUCUGUUGUUCAAGCUGAGUUUCAGAUCCUACUUCUCCCCUCCUCCUGGGGAGGACUGAGCUGGAGGAAAGGCCACGGUGGCAGUUCCCACCCUCAGCCUCUGGCCACACCACACUCUGGGAGAAACAGAAACGCCAAUAAACAAACCCCACCUGCAC